UUCUCUUCACGGAGAAAAAAAUCAAAACAUUGUGAGUUGCGAAAGUAAACCUUGUAGAAAAUUUCGAACAAAUUAAACGUAAAGAAGAAGGAAAUACUCACCAGGCUUUAAUUUAAUGCCUAUAGUCGAACUUAAAACAGAAAAAUGCACAGCUCCAGACCGAAAUUUGUAAAACCGGGAGAUGAAUCACUCUACCCUUCAAGAAACAAGGAUGGCUCAAUUGAACCGCUAACAAACCCUACGCUAGACUCCUCAUUAAUAACGGAUAAUGAUUCAAAAUCAACAUUUACGUACAAUCGCUACCACCAUCUUCCGUUAGAGGCACAAAGACAGAAGCUACCUGUGUUCCAGUAUAGAAACCAUAUACUGUAUUUGCUGGAGAAGUACCAGACGUUGGUGUUGAUCGGUGAGACGGGAUGCGGGAAGUCUACGCAAGUUCCUCAGUAUCUCCAUGAAAUCGGGCACAGAGUGUGCGUCACACAGCCAAGAGUCGCGGCUGCUUUGACUCUAGCGAGUCGAGUGUCGGAUGAGCGCGGAUGUCAACUUGGCCAAGAGGUUGGUUACGCGGCCGCCAUGACUGCUAUGAGAUCGCCUGACUCUGGUAUUGUGUUUAUGACAGAAGGCGUACUCCUCAGAGAAAUGUUCGCGUCUCCACUUCUAAUGCAGUAUUCCUGUAUCGUUUUGGAUGAGGUUCACGAAAGGACGCAAAUGACUGAUGUAUUGAUGGGACUGCUGAAGAAAAUAGCUAAGAAACGUAAAAAUCUGAAGCUAGUUAUAUCCUCGGCCACAAUGGAUGCGGAUUUUCUUAAGGAUUUCUUCAAUUUAUCGGAUGGAAAGUCUACGAGCACAUCCGUUGUUAUGUCUAUGGUAGGACGGACUCAUCCCAUAGACGUGUUUUAUGUCGAAGAACCAGUACCGGAUUAUGUGAAGGCGACAGUGGACACGGUGAUAAAAAUUCACGAGAACGAACCGUUCGGCGAUAUUCUGGCGUUUUUGACGUCACAAGAAGAAAUCCUUACAGCUCUGGAAACAUUAAAACUUUACGCGGAACAAAACAACGAGACGAACAAACAUCGUAAAUUUUUCCCGAGCGGAAUACAAGCGGCUGGUAUAGAGGUACUACCGAUGUAUGGGAGUCUACCUCAUUAUAUGCAGGUACGAGUAUUUCAAAUGAAACAUCAAAACAUAAGAAAGGUAAUUCUCGCCACGAACGUAGCUGAAACUAGUGUAACUAUACCAGGAAUCACUUAUGUGAUAGACAGCGGCUACCACAAGCUGCCAUAUUUUGAUCCGUCAGUGGGCGUGGAGACCGUUUGUGUGACUCCGGUUUGUAGGAACAACGCCACACAGCGCGCCGGCCGCGCCGGCAGAACGGCUCGGGGGAAAUGUUACAGACUAUACACAGAAGAGGAAUUCGACAAAAUGGCCGCUUGCGUCCCCCCUGAAAUGUGCAGAAGCGAUUUAUCUUCUAUGCUGUUACAAUUGAAAGCUCUUGGCAUACAUAAUGUUUUGAGAUUCACCUUCCCAACGCCGCCGCCGGCUAAAAGUUUAUUGAGCGCAUUGGAAACAUUGUACGCGCUCAAAAUUAUUGAUCGCAUUGGGAAUUUGACAGAAAUUGGCAAAAUGGCCGCCGAGUUACCAUUGAGACCGAUGUGCGCCACUAUAUUGUGUAAUGGCGGUGAAUUCGGAUGUCUAGAUGAGAUAUUAUCAAUCGUUUCUAUGUUGCAAAUGGACAAUGUGUUUUUGAAGCCGGCCGACGGUAAAAGAAAUGUAGCUGUUAAAAUGUGCAGGAGAAAUAAUUUCGAGGUAGCUGAAGGUGACAUAAUAAUGUAUUUAAAUAUAUUCGACGCCUACUUAAAAAUCAAAUCUUCGUAUGCUGAAGAGAAAAAAGCGAAAAAGGCGUGCAAAGACUGGUGCAAUAAGAUGUAUCUCAAUCACAGAGCCAUGGAGAAGGCGACUGAAAUAAGGGGUAGUUUAGAGAAACUAAUCAAAAAUAAAUUCAAUAUUGAGAAUAGAAUCUACGAGGGAGUAGAAUUAGGAGCAGUGAAAUGCGAAAGAAUAAUGAAAUGUAUAGUGUCGGGACUGUUUCCUCAAUCGGCAUAUUUGCAUAUAGACGGGUCGUAUAGAGGUAUACGUGGCGCUAUUUUGCAUAUCAGUCCAGACAGCUGUUUGUUUAACGUGCAACAGCCCAAAUGGUUGGUGUUCGCUGGAGUUCAGAGCACGGGGGAUAAGACUUACAUGAGACAAGCUAUGACCAUAAAGAAGGAAUGGUUGUUGGAAUUGGCACCGCACUAUUAUGUAGAAAAUUGAAAUAAAUUGUUAAGAAUAUAA